UCGGUAAGCAGCCGUCUCAUCAGUCGAAGCUGCGGCGUGGACCGACGCGUGCGUUCGUGGGCCGUUCGCAGGUGGGAAGACGGGAACUGAGGAUAUAAGGAGGACAUGGCAGCGGAGGUUGCAAGCAGCACUCGCUUUCUUGCGCUUUUCUCCGCCCGCCAGCGGUCUCUGGCUGCCUCCUGCUCGCAGGCCAAGAGCUCUGCAGCGCAGUCAACGCUUGGCUUCAGGAAUGUGACCCCCCGAAGAAGAGGAGAAGUUUUCUCUGCCUUGUGCCCUGACAAGCCAGGUGUAAAAAGAACAGCCCCGGCCUCUUCACGUCUGUCGCCUGUGGUGGUGAGGGGUUGCCAAGGAGAAAGGACGGACGCUCAGGGUGCUGCUGCCCCUCUCUUUCGAAGCAGAGUCAGCAGCAGCAGCCUGCAUACGGCGGCGGCUGUGCAGCGGCGCGUUUGUCAGCAAGAGGCUGGCCUGUGGCGUCGGCCGUGCUCAGGAAGGGUCAUUGUUGCUGAGUCAGCAACCGAUCCCGACAAGAUGAGCACUAGGUCUGCAUCUGCACGGGAUCCAUCGAAGCCGUUCUCGGUGCUCUUUGUGUGUCUGGGAAACAUAUGUCGCAGUCCAAGUGCCGAAGCGGUGUUCAGAACGCUUGUGGAGAAGAAGGGUCUGGAUUCUCAGUUUUUCAUUGACUCGGCAGGGACUAUAGACUUCCAUGAGGGCAAUCCUGCGGAUGCAAGAAUGAGGUCGGCGGCGAAGCGAAGAGGGAUAGAUAUCACCUCCAUAUCUAGGGGAAUUAAGCCAUCGGAUUUCCAGCAGUUCGAUCUCAUCCUUGCCAUGGAUAGGCAGAACCAUGAGGAUCUCUUGAGAGCGUACCACACCUGGAGCAGGGACAAGAAUCUGCCAGCAAACGGGAAAGACAAGGUCAAGCUCAUGUGCUCCUACUGCCGGGAGCAUACGGGUGUGCAGGAGGUGCCUGACCCAUAUUACGGUGGCAGGGAAGGGUUCGAAAGGGUACUGGAUCUUCUGCAGGAUGCUUGCACCGGGCUUCUCGAUGAGAUUUCCUCUACUGCGUUGCCAAGACAGUAAGGGGGCGUACUCACACUAGGAGGGACUUUUUCUACUGUGUUCUGGACGUGAUUGUGGUCAGAUUCAUCCAGGUCGGGCUGUAAUUGCCGUCAGAUACAUACAGAAAGUGCUUCUAGCGUGCAUAUGCUGUUAACCUUCGAUGAUUUUAUCUCCUUGACUGCGUCCUCAAGAAACCCGAGACACGAAGAAGAACUUGGAUCAGAUUUAUUUUAUCUCCUCCACCGUUGCCAAGAAGAAACCCAAGACACCAACUUUGAUGAGAUGCAUCUCCUCGACUAGGACAUGAACUUUAAAACUUCGAUGAGAUUUAUCUCCUUGACUGUGUCAUCAAGUUGAUGAGAUUUAUCUCCUUGUCUGAGUCAUCAAGAAACUAUCUUCUUCAACUAUACAUACAGACGAGAUUUAUCUCCUUGUCUGAGUAAUCAAGAAACUAUCUUCUUCAACUAUACAUACAGACUCGCAGGGCCUCUCUGCUAUCUUCUGCUCUGCAUCGUGGACUGUGUCAUCAAGUUGAUGAGAUUUAUCUCCUUGUCUGAGUCAUCAAGAAACUAACUUCUUCUUCAACUAUACGUACAGACUCGCAGGUCCUGUCUGCUAUCUUCAGCUCUGCGUCGUCAUGACACCAAACUACAGAUAGUCAGGGACUCUCUGCUGUCCGUUGUGAACUCCGACAGGCGCCCGUAUGCCGACCGUCCUCAGAUCUUGGCAAGUAGGGGAAGGUUUAUGUGGAGGGUGGUGAUGAUGGCCUUGCCCUCUGCGGUCUGCAGUAGAUAGGAGGGGUUAUUAUUAAUUAAUGUUGGUGUCCUCUGCUUAGUUCGGGUAAGCCUUGAGCUUAAUAGUUAUGUAGACUUCGAGGGACGUAUAUGUUGUAGAUGUUGACGUAUAUGUAUUAUAUGCUACUUCAUACGAUAAUGGUAUAUGCUAUUUGUUUGCUGUCUUUCCAUUCUGGUGCCAGGUAGUUAUCAGUUGGUUUCAAGACUGAGAGAUGUUGCGCCGCCAUUAUUUGCCAAACGAUUCCAUCUUUAUACGAAGGGAUGUUCAAUCUAACCUGUUCCUUGCUUUCUGCUGAGUUGGUAGCUACCGUCUUCCCCCGAAUAGAACGCCGGGUAAUUAUCGCCGUAUCUGGGCCGAAAGUUGUGCCAAAUACAGCUAUAAUGACCGGGGGUUCUAUUUGGGUGAAGACGGUAGCAGUUCAGGUGAUGCGUUGUGAGCUUUCUGUUUCAGGAAUCGUUUGAAAAAUUGAAAACUAUUUUUUUUUUUUUUCUUUAAAAAAAUUGUUUUAGGAAUCGUGUGUGUUCUUUUUUUCUUUUUCCUUCGAAAAAAUUUGAACCAUUAUGUGUGUCAUCCUUGCACAGGGGCCAUGCUAAUGUUCAUUCUCUGUAUCGUUCCAAUUUUAGCGGAUGUCCCGAACGACUGCACAGGGAUUAUUUUGCUCUUCAAGGCCCAAUAUUUUUGGGCCAGGCAGCUAACUGCGGUACCAUUGCUGGGCCCAGCCAGUCUCUGUAUGUCUCAUGGCAUCGCAUGUCACUUGACCGAAGUCCUUCAACUGAACAGUGGAUCUCACAUGAUGUAAUGCCACGAGACAG